UUUUCUUCUAUGUGGGCCCAAGAGAACCCUAUGAAGCCUAAACCCAAAUAGUGAAAUAUCCCAAACCGAGAAUUCACGCUUCGCUUGUUUUCGUCUUUACAGAUUCAAGAAAGCUUUUGUUGCAAUCGAUUCAGAGGUUCAGAAAAUAAUGGCUUCUUUGGACUCCGAUGUUACGAUGGUUCCUGCCACUGAGGCAUCAAGCAGUUCUGCUCCUUCUUCAUCCUCCAAGAAGCCUAAACGUUUCGAGAUCAAGAAAUGGAGCGCCGUUGCCCUCUGGGCUUGGGAUAUUGUUGUCGAUAACUGUGCGAUUUGCAGAAACCAUAUCAUGGAUCUCUGCAUCGAGUGUCAAGCGAACCAGGCCAGCGCCACGAGCGAGGAAUGCACUGUAGCUUGGGGGGUUUGCAAUCAUGCCUUCCACUUUCACUGCAUCAGUCGAUGGCUUAAGACUCGACAAGUUUGCCCACUAGAUAAUAGUGAGUGGGAGUUCCAGAAGUAUGGGCACUAGAGCCUUUGAAGCUAUGUAGUGCAUAUUAGAAAUAGAGAAAUGGGGUCACUGCGUACCCUUUUGCCCCAUUGACUUGCUGUCCCUAAUGAGAUGAUGCUUUUAUGAUUUAUAAGAUUGUUGGAUUUGACUUGGUUGUGAAUGAUAUAUUCUGGUAAUUGCAGUUACAUUAAAAUGGAGCCAUAUCUUCUUCUGUGA